AUGGGAAGAUCAACACUCUGGGAUUGGAAGAAAAAGACGUGGGAUCUAAUCCAGAGAUCACAACGAAGAUUUGGAUCAAGACAGGAUCAACAACGAUCAAGCAGAACUGAAGAUACAGCAAGAUUGUCCAGGUGGGACGAUCAUUGUACAAACAUGGGAAGAGUCAACAGGACGACGAAAUAUCAAAGUUCUCCAAAUCAAGAAGAGAAGAGUUUGGACGACAUAGAGACCAUUCUAAGAAGUUUGGUCGAAGCAGAAUGCAAAUCGGACGAGCAGAUUGAGAGAUGGGACGGACGCCCAAGAUCUAUCCCGCAACGACUGCAAGAAACGUAA